AUGAUAGCCUUGCAAGUUAAAAAGUCAAUCAUAGAGAAAGUUAAAGAUGCAAAAUAUUUUUCUGUUAUUCUUGAUUGUACUCCUGAUGUAAGAAAAUGUCUUUUUAAUGAGCUUGUUAAUGUUUUUAGAAAAUAUGGCCUUAAUAUUGAUGAUAUAAGGGGACAAGGUUAUGAUAAUGGUUCCAACAUGAAGGGAAUGAAUAUUUGGUAUGAUAUUUUGUUUGCUGUCAAUUCUGUUAGCAAGAUUCUACAAUCAAAAGAUAUGUAUAUAGAUGUUGUUAUAGAUCAUUUAAAAGAUCAAUCAAUUAAUUCUAUUGAGACAAGAUUUGAACAAUUUUUACAAUAUGAGACUAUUUUUGAUUUUUUAUUUGAUUGCAAAAAAAUUAAAGCUUUAGAUGAGGAUGAACUGAAAAAAUAUAGUAAUAAUCUGGAAAAGUUUUUUAGGUUUAGUGAAUACUCUGAUAUUGACGGUCUUGAUUUAUUUUCAGAAUUGAAAGUACUAAGAGAAGUGUUAAGAGAAGAAAUUAUCACACCAAUAGAAGUAUUGAGUUAUAUUAAAACUUUAGAUUCUUUUCCAAAUGUUUACGUUGCAUAUAAAAUUUUAUUGACAAACCCUAUAACAGUUGCUACUGCUGGAAAAGAAAUUCAAAAUUAA